AUCUAACUAUAUUACAGUUUGACAUCAUAGACACAGUUUAAGUGUGAAGUUUAGAAUGAACGCAGGAGUGUUGUCACGUCAUAUUCUGUGAAAUGGAUCACUUAAAAGGUCGUGUGGCCGUGGUCACAGGAGCUAGCGCCGGGAUCGGGGCAGCAACAGCUAUGAAGCUAGUCAAGGCUGGCCUUACGGUGGUGGGAAUAGCUAGAAGGCUACAAAGACUUCAGGAUUUGAAAAAAACGGUGGAAGAACAAAAUUUCAGUGGUCGGUUUUUUACAGUGGCAUGUGAUUUGACGAACGAAUCAGAAAUAUUGAACGCUUUUAAAUGGAUUGACGAAAAUAUUGGUGCUAUACAUUUUAUGAUCAACAACGCCGGAAUAAUAAGGAUAUCUAAAAUGUUAGACGGUUUGACAGAACAUUGGCAAGAAUUAAUUGACUGUAAUGUAAUAGCACCUACAAUUUGUUCGAGGGAAGCUUAUAAACUGAUGAAAAAGUAUAACGUUAGUCAUGGGCAUAUUAUACAAAUCAACAGUAUAACGGGCCAUUCGUUUUCAAUUAAUCCGGGCAACAAGAUGUACAAUGCGUCCAAACAGGCUCUUAGAGUGCUGACCGAAGGCCUCCGUCACGAAUUGGCCGUGGCCGGUGAUGGCCACAUCAAAGCUUCUAGCAUCAGUCCCGGUUUUGUUGACACAGAAAUAUUCGAUGCGGCCAAAUUAUCGCACAAUAAAAUGAAGCCGUCAGAUAUCCUGAGCGCAGAAGAAAUGGCUGACAUGAUAUGUUUUGUCAUGUCAACCGGACCAAAUAUACUGAUCGCUGAAAUGAUUGUUCUAAGCCAAGGCCGUUGCAUCCAAUCGUACCCACGUGAAUAACAAAAAAAAAAAUGUAGAAA